UAAACAAGUAGUUGACACCCUGAUGGAUACAUCUAAAAUGUACAUUCAUUCUUUAAUUGAUCAUCUACCUUGAUAAAUGAAUAAUCUGACCAAUUCGGAACUACAACAUGAUCGAAAUCGAUACCAAGAUUGGAUCUCAAACAAAUAUCUCCAUCAAUGACACCAAUGGGUGUUUCAACAAUAAACCACUCGAAACCAUGAAGAAGAUCAUGAACCUCAAAAAAAAUAACGAAGCCCACUCAAUAUGUCCAGAAGAUGAUUUUCUUUGCCUCAAUUUUGCAAAGAAUUCCACUCGACGCUCUUCCAGACGAUUUGUUUCAACAGAUUAAUUGAAAAAUUGAAUGUGCUAUUCGUAUCGCUCGAAGAUCAGAACAAAGUGGAUUGAACCGAGUUCUCUCAAAGCUUUUUAGUGCAUUCUUACUGUAGUAGAGUUACCAACGAAUUGGUGACGGUAUCACGAAAUCAUCUAGCCAUGUGCCAGUUCCAUGUCUUAAGCCUCCAUAAAUCCACCAACAUUUUACACUCGACCCAGCACAAGCCAAUGGUCUUCUACACGCCACUCGGCUGUUAUCGUCAUUAUGUAUUGGUCAUACUCACCGGUGUCGCCUCUCCCCUAGAUGUUAAUACUGUAAUAUCUUCAUCUAUUGAGUCUUCUUACUCUUUUUCAACUUCUCCUUUUGGGCGUUCUUGAUCAAAACAUUGCCGAUGAAGGAUCCGACACCCAAGCCACCGAUCAACAACAACAAAAUGGGCAACUUGAUGGCGUAGUCUCUUGGAAGGAAGAACGAGUUCAACACGUUACUUUCGUCAAUGAAUGGUAAAACAAA